AUGGUACUUUCUUGGUUGCUCACUUCUCUUUCCAAGGAGAUAGUCGAGAGUGUAUUGUACUCAGUCAGUGCCAAGGAUUUAUGGAAAACCCUGGAAGAUAGAUUUGGUCAGGCAAAUGGUGCAAAACUCUUUCAAUUGCAAAAAGAAUUAAAUGCCACAACUCAAGGAAAUACAAGUGUUUCUACUUAUUUCACAAAAAUGAAGGGUUUAUGGGACGAGUUAGAUGCAUUGAAUACCUUUUCAGCUUGUGUUAAUACUUGUGUUUGUGAUGCCAAAGAAAAAGGGCACAAAGCACAUCAAGAUGAAAGGAUUCUGGAAUUUCUAAUGGGUUUAAAUGAUGUUUUUAUUGGUCAUGGUGAAUCUUCAUUCACAGCCACUAAUCAACAUAAUGGUAGGAGAUUUAAGGACAAUAGAGUACAGAAAUCCACCUUUGAUUCUAAAAGAAACACUCUAAUUUGUGGUUAUUGCAAGAAACCUGGACAUAACAUUGACAAAUGUUACAGACUGCAUGAAUUUCCCUUAAAUUUUAAAUUUACAAAGCCCAGGAAGUUUCAGGCAUCAGCUCAAGCAAACAAUGGGAUUGAGGAAGGAGGAAUGAACACAACACAGUCUCUAAGUCAGGAGUGA